UCCGUAUAUGCGAAUAGUAUCACAUGCAUGGCGCAUGGCGCGAAUUUCUUAUAAAUUAAACCUCCGGUUGAUUACUUAUCAAGACGAUUAUAGUACUCAGUAUUAUAAACACAGGAAAGCAACUACUGGCCGGUGUAUACUAAAAACGAGUAAUUAAUUAAUUAUCCGACAAGGAUGGCCGGGAAGUGUCGUCAUCAGCAGGGAAGAGGCAGUGCAGGAGUGAUGUCAUCGUCAUGCGCCGCCGCAGCUGCAGUUGUGCUGUGUUUGCUGCUUCUUCCGGCGGAGAUGGCUGAAGCUGCCGUUUACUCCCUUCCUCCUUGGACGUUCAGCUUCAAAGGCAAUAACGGAGCGCGCUAUAAAGCCGGCGACUCACUUGUGUUCAAGUACCCAAAGGGCACCCACAACGUGGUAGCCGUGAGUAAGGAAACCUAUGACAAAUGCGGUGCGCCGCGGCUGGGAGUCGACAAGGUAUUGGCGUCGGGGAAUGAUGUGUUCACUCUGAAAAAGGGACCAAAUUACUUCAUUUGCAGCUUCCCAGGUCACUGCGCGGGCGGGAUGAAGUACAUGGUCAAUGCAGCUUGAUAAAACCGGUCUACAUUUUGCUGGCCAGAGCCACAUUAUUAAUAUAAAUAAAUGAAGAGUUAAGUUCUGUGCUUGUUCUAAGCUAGCUAGCUCUAUAUAUGCAUAUUUAGGGCUAGCGGGCUCAUGUAUUAAGCUCGUCGCAUCCACUUGUUCUGAUCUACUCCAUAUAUGUUUUCACUUUUCUGUAUAAUCUAUUGAAAUGUUUCGUUUUAUUAGUACACUUUUAGUGUGAGUGCAAAUGCAUUAUGUAAUUUUGGGGCUAUAUGUUCGCCAAAAUUUGUAUUGGAUUAAUGGAUGCUAGUGCAAAUGUAGCAUAUAACGUUAUGUUGGACUUGUAUCUUAC